AUGUGCAUAGAAGAACUGCUUUCUCUAGCUUUGUGUGGGAUUCAUCUGCUCGCUGGAAGAUGCGAAGUAUGAUAGGAUAGUCAACAUGAGAUUGCGAGAAGAGAAAGAUUCUAAGGCAUCAUGUGGUUGUAGUCAUGGGUAGAAGAAUAUCUUAUUUUAUCUCGGUGCUCUUUUUAGGUGCUUUUUUGCUAUGCUGCUUCUCAGAUAGUAAAGAGUUAUCCCGCGAAUUAACCUGCUAUCGUGAUACACUUGAAUUAGAUUGUGGCAGCCAGAGCAUCAUCGGCAUUCAUCAAGCCUAUUUCACAAGUAAGCGACAGGAGAAUCAUACCUGUCACCCUUCCUCCCUCAUCGAACAUGAACACAUAGAAGAUGAAGAUGAUGCCAAACUCAUCAAUCAUUCCUACUGCUAUGAAGAUGUGCGCAUUUCCAUCAAUAGGAGGUGUUCUGGCCUCAGGAACUGUAAUUUUACUUAUUCAGAUGAAAUGGAGAAGCAGUGUUCAAAUCCUGAUGGCGUUUUAAUCGUCCAAUAUGAUUGUGUUCGAAUCGAUAAGAUCAACAAGUACUGCAAUGCCAAAAUCACUGCCACAGAAGGGUACAUUAUGCAACCAGGGUACCCUAAAUACUAUCCUCAACUGCCAGAAUGUAGUUGGUCUCUAUCAGCAGCUGAAGGACAAAAAAUUAAUGUUAAAAUCUUACACCUUCACCUAAGUGCUGCUACUGAAGUGGUUCCGACUCCUGCGGACCAUGAGGAUAAGUUUUAUGCCAUUGGUGUUAGCCAAUUAAUUAAACCGAUCAUCAAAUGUGACAGAGACUCUUUGAGUGUGUUUGAGGGAAAUCUGAAAUUGUUCUCAGUCUGUGGACAGAGUUUAGAUGGUUUAAGAAAUGCGAAAACUGAUGCAAGUAAUGAUUUAGUGGUGAAGUUCCAAUCCUCUGAGCUAGCCCCUUCCAGCGGAUUCUUAGCUUAUUUUAAAAUUGAAGGUUGUCCAGACAUGCCUGCUGGUGAACAUAGUUACCUUGUGGAAAGGAAUAGUACUGCAGCUAUUUAUGCUUGUCGUAAUGACUUAGUGUUCAACGAUACUUUGGAAAAUACACGCUUUCUAUACUGCAUUCGUAAUCAUCAUUGGAGUAACACACUUUCACCCUGCAUUCAAGUUGUAGAGGAAAUCACUUCCAUUUCAAUAUUGUCCAUCACAGCCAAUGAACAAAAUUUAGAAAAUACUACCUCUCAAUCAUUGAAUGAAUCCUACACUUACUCUCCAGAACCAAGAUUUACAGAAGAUAUUAUGAUACCAUGUAUAAUAAUCGUCAUUCUGAUUCUUGGAAACAGCAUUAUAAUCAUCAUCAUAUGUGUAAUGAGAAGAAAUAAAAAAGAAGAUAAAGAAGAGGAUGAUGAAGCAGAAGAUUUAGGUGAACCUAGCAAUGCCAACCCCUAGUCAUGACAUGUCUAGAGCUUUUCAUUUUUAGUUUAAGUACAGGCUAAGAAAGCAAAUCAUAAACUUCAGUAUUUCUUUCAAAAAGCAGCAAAGUGAGCAGACAUUUUUAAAUAUUUUAAGGACAUAUAUUCCUGUACUGGAUAUUAAUAUACAUAAAUUGAAUCUGUUUCCUUCUGUUGCACACCCUACAUCUAAUUAAUUAUUCCAAAUAUUUUUCCCUCUUAUCAGAACAUUAAAAAUUAAGUUCAAUGCUUUCCAAAAAAUAAAAACGGCCUUGUUACUUUUAACUAAUAAAUAUGAAAUCCAUUUAUUUUUUUAACUUAUAGAAACAAGUUAAGAAUUAAAUGAGUGUAAUAAAGUAGUUUUUAAGAAACAUAUUUUUUUUUUUGACCGCUCAGCAUUUUCUACCAAGAAUCUUUUGAAAAAUUCCAUUGUUGAAUUUGUUCGCGUUACAGUUAGUGUGCUGAGAUUUAUUUUUACAUGUAUUCUUCGGUCCAUAUCAUUUAUGCCUUUUGCCAGCGAUCAUUCAAUUUUUAUAGAAAGCUCUGCUAAAAAUAAAGAAAAUAUGUAAAGCUAUAAAAUUAAUAAAAUAAUUUAUAUAUAUUUAUUGGUUGGCAAUGUGCUAGGCAUAAUAUGUUUCCUUGAAUAACACAAACCAACAAAUAUUUAUUUUGUGAGGUGACAAAAACUUUCAAAUGAAAACAGUUUGCCAUAUUGAGCAUUUUAACAACAAUGAUUACAGUGUUUUAAGAAAAAAAUUCACUUUGUUGUCUCAAAUUUUUUUGUGACAAUAGAUUUUUCAUUUUCAUCAAGAAAAGAAGCAAUUUUAUUAAGACAUGUACAUUAAAUCUAACUUUGAUGAAUAUCCAAAAUCUGACUGAAAUUUUAUAUUAAAAAUCCAGUACACAUUACACUAAAUAUAAUGUAAUGCCUAAAACCCUAAGCAAAAAUUUUAUUACAGUAAGCCUGUGUAAUCUGAAAGUUUUGAAUGUCAUUCUACAUUAUUUGUGAUAUGUAACUAUAUUUGAUGUUAGCGCUUGAGCGUUAAAUCUUUGAAUUUCUCUACACAAGUCCUUUUUACACUGUCAUUAUGUAUUUUUCUUUUUCUAAGGACUAAGUAGUUGAUGUUUAAAAGCAAAUUUAACUUCAAUGCAGAUAAUUUGAUAAUUUCAUUGUACAUAUAUUCCAUCGUUUCAAUGUCAUACAAGUGGGGCCCAAAGACUUAAUUGGACUUUGCCUUUUAGUGUAUUAAUUGAAAAAAAACAAGCUAAAUUUGUUGUUUUGUAUUAUAAUAUGGACUGUUCUUGUAUCUUUAGUUUUUAUAUUCUUUUCAACUACACUAUUAGUCUCAAAACUAUUAGAUUAAACUUAAUAUCACAAAAAAAUAUAUCAGCCCAGAAAUUUUUUUUUCAAAUUCGAUAUUAGAUGUAUCGAUUGUAAAUAAUUUGGUGUGAAAGGAUUUCAAAUCUAAGCUUUUUUAGUUAAUUAGAAAGACAGAUCUUGUCAUUUUUUUAAGAAUUCUAAAUUAUACAUUUCUACAAGCGCUUCUUUUUUAAAAAAAUAUUUAAAGCUUAACAGUUGAAAAAGUGUUUUUAUUAAACCAAAACGCUUCCCAAUAAAGUUAAAAGCUUGUAAUAAAAGUUUUGCCCAGAUCUCUGUGUAACUUAUAAACACAAACCGAUAAAUAAUUGAUGUAUAUUUUAUGUUCAAAGAAUUGAACAUCAUAAGUUAUUGUGACUAAGUAAUAUAUAAAACAAGGAGAUUUAAAGAGUGUUUUCGGAAUAUUUGUAUAUAAAAGGUUUAUAUAAGUAUUGAAAAAUUAUUUCACAACUAUUUUGUUUUUGUUUUAUAUUUGGUUAAAAAGCAAAGUUGUGUAAAACUCUAUUUUCUUUAACAAAUUACUGAAUUUUUAUAUUUCUUAUUAUAACACGAAAUUUAUCAAAUUAAAAUGGCUAUAUUUAUCUAUGAUAUUGUAAUUCCAUUAACUGUUUGAUAUUGUUAUAAAAACUAUUGAAAGAAUUUUGCAUUUUAAUAUUUCGUAUAAGUGCAGUGUUUAAAAACAUAUGUCAAAAUUAUCUAUUAUAAUAACCUAAAACGGUUUAUUUUUAUCUUAAUAUUUAUGGACAUGUUUAUAUCCACAAAAGUAUAACAAAUCAAAAGAAAAUAUUUAAUCUUUAAUUGCGAUGGUGAAUAAAAAAGUAAAGGCUACUUUUGGAAUGACAUGGAAGUAAGAAUUUGCAUCAGUCUUCCAUAGAAUUAGUGUCGCAAAGAAAAAUAGUUAUGUGUAGGGCAUUAUAAAACUAAAAGGCAUCAAUUUAACGUUGACAAAAAAAAAUUCCAAUACAAAAUAUUUUAAGCAACGUUAGAACAUAAUCCUUUACUUAAACAUAAUAAAAAUGCCAUUCCAAAAUUGAAUUGAGAAAUUAAUAGAAAUGGUGAAAUAGAAAAGCUACAAAUCCAUGAAUGAAAAGAGAAAAAAUAUUUUUUAAGAAUUGGUUUAACUUUUUUGCUUAAAAUUCGAGCAAAGCAAAAAUACUUAGUCUUCAAAAUUUUUAUUCAGAAGCAAUAUAAUCUCAUUUUGUGGGCAGAGAUCUAUUCACCAAUAUUUUACGAUACGAUACGUUGUUUCUAAAACGAUGACUGCAUUAAACUGUGGUUGUCAUAUGACAAUGUCAAACACAGAUUCUACUAAUACAAUUGUUGCUACAUAUACUCCUCAAAUAAAUAUCUCUUGGCAGUGCGCAUUAUGUUAUUAUACAGUAUUUAGUGUUCCUUCCUCCUUUGUCAAAAAAGGCCUAUUUACUAACUUAACAUUAAGUAACUUUAAUGGUAUCUUAUUUUUUUUCUUCAAGAUUUCUCCAGUUAUUGGGACAAUAGAUAUUUUUACUUCUUUGACACUUCAAGUAUGCAAGUGUAAUUAUCAAACACAAAUGUAUUUAAGCAACAAAAAAAAGCCUUUUCUUUUUUAUUUUACCAUUACAUGUUACAAAUUUUAGAUAUUUUUACAAAAAUGUGGUGCAUUUAUAAUAAUGGCCUUAAGUCAUGCAUAUUUAAGUCAAUCCUUUUCGUGUAGCCUAUUUGUCAUAUUGAAUUAGAUUUCAUAUAUUUUGAACUACAACUUUAUUAUUGUUAUAGUAUUCUUCAUCAAGAAUAUUUUAGUAUAAACUAAUGUUUUGCUGUGAAAAAGUAAAUUAAAUUUAUUGCUUUAUUCA